AUGUUAAGAAUUAAGAGAAAACAGAAAUCUGAUUGCGAAGAAGAGAUCAGAACCAAGAGUUGCUCUAAGGAAUUCCUAGAAGAUAUCAUGAGGCUGAUUCUACCACGGCUAUGCAAAUCAGAUUACCUUUCAUGCAGAGUAGUAUGCCAUUCUUGGCGAGCCGCUGUUGAUAAGGCUAUUGCGAGCAAGAACUGCCCUCCUGCUUCUCGACUUCCAUGGCUAAUUAGCAUUGAUUCUAGUCAGAGAUUUCAGGCCAAAGAUCAUUGCUUUGUUAAUCAAAAACCCCUUUACAAGUCAAUGGGGAAGUUAGACCGGCUGAUUGGUUUUGUUUCUUUUUCUAGGCGCAAAUUUGUUGGGUCGAUCGUGGGGUGGUUGAUCAUGGUUGAACAUAGAGCUGUCUACUUCUUGAACCCAAUAUCGGGUGCCCGAGUCAUGCUCCCAUCACGAUCCACCAUUCAUCACACAUCUUUCUCCUUCAUGAAAGCAGUAGCCUCUACAGUACCAACCAGGUUGCAGCAUUGUCUUGUUGCUAGCCUAAGUAAAAAACACCGUUUGGCUUUCUGUAAGCCCAAGGAUAAAUCUUGGACCGUUAUUGAGGUUGAAGGUAGAGAGGAUGAUGAACUCGUCAAGUUUGGUGAUAUCGAAAUAAUCGAUGAGAGAUUAUAUGCUGCAACUGACCUUGCAUCAGAAUCCUUAAUGGUGUUUCACAUUUCAUAUGCCGACGGCGGCCCUCCUACCUAUUCGGCUGAAAGGUUGGUUAUGAAUCACCCGAGGCCAGUUCGUAAUGAAAUUUUCGAAGAUAUCAUUCCUCCUCCGGGGGAUAAUGGAGUACCGGAGUUCACUUACACGGGGGCUACAAGCCCUUACCUAGCAAAAGAUUCUGCAUCAAAGGAGUUGUUUAUGAUUUUCCGAAACAUUAGGGUAUCUCUUAAGCAGGGUGCUAAUUUUGCCAUUCGAUGUUGGACUACCAAGUCAUGUGAGACUGAAGGAUUCCGAGUGUUCAAGUUGGAGGGUAAUAUUAAUGGUCCUCGGUGGGUAGAGAUUGUCGACCUCGGCGAUCGGAUAUUGUUUCUUAGUCGUCUCACCAACAAGUUGGUCUCUUCCGGCAAUGGUCUUAGUUGUUCCUGCAGUGACAAUAAGGAACUCGAAAGAAACUGUAUCUAUUAUGCUUUCGGUUUGCGAUCAGCAUUUUUUCUGCGUCAUCAGUUUGGGGUGGAUACGUUGAAAACUUUUCGUCACUUUGGGGUGUAUUCUUUGACAAAUAGGAGCAUCAAGCAGCCUCAUGUUCUUCCAAAGAAUCAUGCCAGAUCCUUGCACAGACAAUUUGCUUGGAUCACACCAAAUCCAAAUCUUUGGUAG